AGUGCAACGCAGCAACAGCAACACAAAGCAAUGGAACGUUGGCGCAACAAAGUGGCCAUCGUGAGCGGCGCCAGCUCUGGGAUUGGAGCCGCAUGUGCUCGAAGCUUGGUGCUCGCCGGACUCCAGGUGGUGGGAUUGGCUCGCCGCCAGCAACGUGUGGAGCAGCUGCGCGAUGAGCUGCAGACGGCGGAGCAACGUCAGAGAUUGCAUGCACUGCGAUGCGACAUCAGGCAGGAGACGGAGGUGGUGGAGGCGUUUCGCUGGGCGCGAGACCAACUGGGCGGUGUCCAUGUGCUGGUGAGCAAUGCGGGCGUCAUGGCGACAACCGAGUUGAGCGGCGCCGCAAAUACGUCGGCGAUACGUGAGACCAUCGAGACGAACAUCAUGGGCGGCGUUUAUUGCGUACGCGAAGCAUUCCAGACCAUGAAGCAGCAGCGGGUGGAGGGAUUGCCCGAAGGAGAGCAAGGUGAGGGAGUGGGAGCAGCCGGAGAGUUGGGCUGUGGCAUGCAGGAGGGUCAUGUGAUCAUCAUCAACAGCGUGGCCGGGCAGCAGGUGCCGAAUUUGGGACCUCAGCUGCCGUCCCUCAACAUUUAUCCAGCGACAAAGUUUGCUCUGCGCGCCAUGCAGGAGAUCUAUCGCCAGGAGUUUCAACGCCACAAGACGCGCGUUCGUGUCUCGACCAUCAGUCCAGGUAUUGUUGAUACGGACAUUUUGCCAGCGCAGUUGCAGGGCGUCAUCAAGGAGCACAUGCCCAUGUUGAGCUCGAUGGAUGUGGCCGACGCAAUGCUGUGGAUACUCAGCACGCCGCCGAAUGUGCAAGUGCAAAACAUCACCAUCAAGCCGCAGGGUGAAAAGUUCUAACUAAGCGCAGCAUCGACAACCCUUUGCAAAAAAAAAAAAUGAAGAGAAAAAAAAAACAUUGUGAACAUUAAACGCAUUUGAUAAACAACUCGUCUACUUUAUAUGCCCAGACAUAAUACUGGGGGAAAAACGUCUUUCAGCUAUCAGAUCUUAGCUGAGCGCGACAAGCUGUUUUCUGAUGCUUCACACGCAAUUUACUCGUCUACGUUGCGUAUACUUGAUGUGCGAUUGAAGAGUUAAAGCGUUUUCCACUCAUUUUCUCUGUUUUUCUUUUUUGUAGCUUAAUUAAUUCGUGUGUAAGCUUUGCUAAUUUAUAGUUUUCUUAUUGUAUUUUAAGUUUCUUGUACUUUUAAACUAUUGUUCCACAAGUCGUAUACUUGAUAUUGAAAAGAGUUUUCUACUUUUUAGCUGAAAAUAAUGUUGUAAGAAUCUGCUGCUUUUAUAAACUAUACGUAAAUAAUGUAAUGUUUGUCAUUUAAAUUUGUAAUUUUUUUACGUUGCGUAUACUUAAUAUUUUGUCGAGUGCUUUGGAGACUGCUAUCGAGCUUGCUUUCGGAAAUUGUGCGUAUAAAACUAA